AUGGCAGGCGAAGUUAUGAAGGAUUCGGUCAUAAUGGUGGUAAUAGGGAAAGAGAAGAAAAAGUUCAUGGUCGAACUGUGGCAACGGCGGUUAGUCAUGGAAUUUGAGGUUAAAGUGACGCAUUCAAACAUGAGUGCUGGUAUAAAUAGAGUGAAACUGGAAAAGAAAUUCACGACCGACAACGAUUUGCACAAAAAUCUUGAGAAGAUCGUUUUGAUGAACAAAGAAGGUGAAGUAUAUUAUGCAAAACUAAAGAAGGAUAACAGCCAGACACGUGGGAGUGCCAUAUAUGAUGGUUGGAGAGACUUUUGCUUAAAUAAUAAGCUUGAAGAUGGAGACAUUUGUCUAUUUAAGCUUCUUCAAAAUGAGGAAAUCCCUACGUUCAAACUACUCUCAUACCGUAAGAAUGAUGAUGAGCAGUUAGAUAGUCACUAUGUGACGUUGCUUGUUACAGAAGCAAGCCUUGAGGACGGUAAACAGCAUAUACCAAUAGGUUUCACGAGAGCGAAUAACCUCACUAAAAAGUGGAAAGUAACUUUGGUGGACAAGAAUGAUGAAGAAUAUGAUAUAACUGUUGAUGUAAAAAAAGAUCGGAGCCUCGUGUACUCUCGUAUUAGGAGUCCUAAAUGGAAAGAUUUCUGCAAUGCGAAUGAUGUAAAUGCAGGGGAGAAAAUAACAUUGGAGUUGAUCAAAGAAGAGGAAAAAUUGAUGCUCAAGUUCAUUUGCAAGUCUCAGGCUUAA